AUGCAAAAAAAUGAAGAAUUACUUACUGAGUUGGUAGACCUUUAUGAGGUUUCAUUUAUUUCACAAAUACUUAAAAAUCUUUUAGCUAAAGAGAUGCUUAAAGACAAUGAUUUUGAUAGUGAUAGAGAAAAUAAUGCAGGUUCAGAAAAAAAAGCUAAAGUAAUUACACAAUUACCUGUUCCUCCAGAUUUUAAUAAUUUAGAACAUA